ACAGCAGAGCUGAGCAGCCCUGCAGGGCAGCCUUUCUGAAGCAGCAGCUCUUCAGGGAGGGAGGACAGAGCGGGCAGCAGAGACUAUGGAGCCCUGCUCAGCCACUUCCCACAGAGGCCUUGUUCCCUGGCAGGGCCUCCUGCUUGCAGUCUCACUUUUAACCUCCUGGACCCCACCGACCGCUGCUCAGGUUACCAUUGAAUCUGUGCCUUUCUAUGCUGCUGAAGGGGGAGAUGUUCUUCUACUUGCCAAGAAUUUGCCAGAGAACAGUAGAGUCUAUAAGUGGUUUAAAGGUGACAGGUCUGAGUCCACCAAAGAGAUUGCAGCAUAUGUGGUAGAAACUAGCACUGCCACUCACGGUCCUGCAUACAGCAACCGAGAGACAAUAUACCACAACGGAUCCCUGCUGUUCAAGAACCUCACCCUGCAGGACUCAGGAGUCUACACCCUACACAUCAUUAAGGAGGAUUAUCUGAGUGUUGAAGCUUUUGGACAAUUCCGGGUACUCCUGGUGUUACCCAAACCCAACAUCACAAGCAACAACUCCAGCCCUGUGGAGGGUGAGGAACCUGUAGUAUUAACAUGUGAACCUGAGACUCAGAACACAACCUACCUGUGGUGGAUAAACGGUCAGAGCCUUCAAGACAGUGAUAGGCUGAAACUGUCUAAUGACAGUAGGAUUCUCACUUUAUUCAGUGUCACAAGGAAUGACACAGGACCCUAUGAGUGUGAAAACCGGAACUUAGUGAGUGGCAGCCGAAGUGAUCCAUUCACCCUGAAUAUUUACUAUGGCCCGGAUGACCCUAUCAUACUGCCCCCAGAGACCUAUUUCCCUCUAGGGACAACCCUCAACCUCUCCUGCCAUGCGGCCUCUAACCCAGCUGCACAGUAUUACUGGCUUUUCAAUGGGAGCUUCCUGCAGUCCACGCAGGAGCUUCACAUCCCUGACAUCUCUGAGAAUAAUAUUGGAUAUUACACCUGCCUCGCUAAUAACUCUGCCACUGGCCUCAGCAGGAGCACAGUGAAGACUGUUAUAGUAGCUGAGGUGGUGAAGCAACCCAUCAUCGAAGCCAGCAACACCACAGUGGAAGAAGGGGGCUCUGUGGUCCUGACCUGUCUCUCAAAUGACACUGGAAUCUCCAUCCAGUGGUUCUUCAAUGACCAGCAACUGCAGCUCACAGAGAGCAUGAAGGUGUCCCAGAGCAGCAGCAUCCUCACCAUUGACCCUGUCAAGAGACAAGAUGCUGGGGAGUAUCAGUGUGAGGUCUCCAACGCAGUCAGUUCCAGCAGGAGUCACCCCCUCAGGCUGGAGGUGAUCUGUGAGUGA